GCACCGUCAUCAAGUCCUUUCAGACUCCGAUAUAUAUGAUUCCUUUCCCAGCAAUCACCCUUUGCCCAUUGAUACCACCGCUGGCUGCAACGCGCAAAAAAUUAUUACAGAAAUUACGCUUGCCGCACAAUAUGGACAACGAAACAGCAAUGUUCCUGCUCAGAUACGGACCGGCUUUCACAAACGAACACGUCCCUGGUGGUAAAGCGCAUAUAAACAAUUUAAAAGCAUUGUUAAAAAUUAACCAUAUGUCGAUGGUGGAUUUCUUAAAACUCUUGCGACCAUGCGAAGAUCUAUUCGAUUACUGUUCGUGGGAAAAUAUUUCGCGGAACUGCAGCGACUUAUUCAAAAUAUCUUACACGUUUGAGGGUGUGUGUUGCUCCUUCAAUUAUCACCUCGAAGAAUCUGUGCAGAGCGGCAGAACUUGGAACGACUCCGAAUUUCUCAGAACUACUUCGUUCGGAGGAAGAUCCGGUCUCCAAGCUGUUUUGCAUCGGGAUUUGUUGGUUGUGGGGGAUGAAGCGGGAAAAUAUAUCAAAUAUUCAACAAACUCCGCCGGUCUUGUGGUUGCCAUAAUUCCAACAAUCAAUCACAAACUCGCUAAUUAUUAUGUUAAAGAUUCUUAUGGUGCAAAGAUUUCGCAAUGCGUAGAUAAAGAUAUUAAUCUGAAAUACUUUCCUACGUAUCAGUAUACAAAUUGCUUUAUCAGCUGCUCCAUCGAUUCUGCUUUUAAAACCUGCAAUUGUGUGCCAUAUUACUACACGCCUAUGGCCAAGAAUUAUUCUUUAAGGAUCUGUGAGUGGGAGGAUUUCCAGUGUCUUUAUACAAACAAGGAAAAAAUUCGGAUUAUUCACAACACUGCUACAUGUGAAUGUCGAUAUCCAUGCAAGAAUGUAGCCUACGCAACGCAAGCUACUUCGAUCAAGUUGAACGGUGAACACAACUUUAAUGUUUCGCCGUUUUACCAAAACAGAACGGAUGCUCAAGCUGUUCUAAGAGUAUUUAUGAAUUAUGAGGUCUGUGCUGAAAUGGAUACAGUUCCGAUCGCCGAUGAAUUGUAUUUGCUAGCCGCUAUAGGCGGCAUAUUUAGCCUUUUCGUGGGUUGCAGUUUUAUAAGCGCCAUGGAAAUUUUUUACUUCAUCGGAUUAUUUCUUCACUCUUACUCUAAUUCAAACAAGAAAUCAAAAUAAUUAUCGUCAAACAAGAAUUUUAUAUGUUCCAAAAUAUCAUCGUUCACUUAUAGCUAUUUAACAAUUUGUCGCAACUAAACAGCUAAUUAAUUGGACGUCCUAUUGCAUUUUUGUCAGAAAACUAAUUAAGAAAUGAAGGAUUAAGUACAUCGCUAAUAUAAGCACACGAAUAUAUGUCUUCUUUCAAGACAUCAAGUUUACAAAUAUCGUACCACGAAUCCAGAACGAUUAGAUCUAUUUCGAGCGAUUACUGGAGCGGUUGCCGUAACAUUUAAGUCCUAUAAUCGUGCAGUUUUUAGAAACAAAAUUGUUAAACAAAUCCUCUAUAAGCAACGGAUAAUGUUGUUAUAAUUUUCAGCUGUUUUCAAAGUGUCAUUUAAUCGGUUGUAUAACGCAAUACGUCAAUUUAUGCAUUAUAUCUAUAUGCAUUUAGUAGUUUCAACACUUGCACGCACCUGUUCAUUAAUGUUGGCAAUUAUAUAAGAAAUAUAUUCAAAAUAGCAGCGUGCAGACAUAUCGAGUGUUUUGAUACGAUUAAAUAAUCACAGAUUUAUCAAAAUCUGUGAUCAUUUGUGAAGGAAAUAUAUAGAACAAAAGUGUGCAAGGCUUUCUUAAAGGCCAGUAAACUCAAUAUUUAGUUCCGCGAAUACGUGAGAUAAAAAUUGUUGAAAAAGACGGCGAAAAGAGAGGAUUCUUCGUGUACGCAAAAGUGGAUAUUUAUAUCGUGAAGAAUGUCUCAGAAGUUUCAAAUAAGACAAACAAGUAAUUCGAUACUUGAGCCAUACGGUUUCAGGAAUUGCAAGCCUUACGUAAUAUUUGAAAGCUUUACGUUAACGCAGCCCUAAUUGCCGCGUAGUAUUGAAACGUGUACUAAUCACGUUGGCUAUUUUCGUGAAUGCUGUCGAAAAUACCGAUUUAGUUCUACGUAGAUAUACGGUAGAACUUCGAGAGCUGGAAGCGCCGACUAUUUUUGGAGAAACGCCCACGUAUCGCGGACACGUCGACGUCUCUAUAACGUUUUCUAUUUGUUGUACCUCGCAGCAAAAUCCUCAUCUUUCGUAAUUACGUCUUUUUUUUAAGUAUCAAUCAGUUUAUUUUACGUAUAUUGAUAUAUGACAGGAAAUUAUUUUUU